CCCCAUCUCGGUUCAGCCGGCCGCCUCCCGACCCGGCGGUCCGUACUGGCAGGGUCGUCUGAGCGAGGAGACCUGUUUGAGAUGUGGUGGUUUCAGCAAGGCCUCAGUUUCCUUCCUUCAGCCCUUGUAAUUUGGACGGCGGCUGCUUUCAUAUUUUCAUAUAUCACUGCUAUCACACUUCACCAUGUUGACCCUGUUUUGCCUUAUAUCAGUGACACUGGUACAGUGGCUCCAGAAAAAUGCUUGUUUGGGGCAAUGUUAAAUAUCGCUGCAGUUUUAUGUGUUGCGACCAUUUAUGUUCGUUAUAAGCAAGUUCAUGCACUGAAUCCGGAAGAGAAUCGAAUCAUCAGAUUAAACAAGGCUGGCCUUGUACUUGGAUUACUGAGUUGUUUAGGACUUUCUCUUGUGGCAAACUUCCAGAAAACCACCUUUUUUGCUGUACAUGUGUGUGGAGCUGUGCUCACAUUUGGUAUGGGCUCGUUAUAUAUGUUUGUUCAGACUAUCCUUUCCUACCAAAUGCAGCCCAAAAUUCAUGGCAAACAAGUCUUCUGGAUCAGACUGUUAUUGGUUAUCUGGUGUGGAGUAAGUGCAUUUAGCAUGCUGACUUGCUCAUCACUUUUGUACAAUGGCAGUUUUGGUGCUGAUAUAGUACAGAAACUCCAUUGGAACCCUGAGGACAAAGGUUAUGUGCUUCACAUGAUUACUACGGCAGCAGAAUGGUCUAUGUCACUUUCCUUCUUUGGUUUUUUCCUGACUUACAUUCGUGAUUUUCAGAAAAUUUCUUUACGGGUCGAAGCCACUUUACAUGGAUUAACCCUUUAUGACACUGCUCCUUGCCCUGUUAACAAUGAACGAACAUGGCUACUUUCCAGAGAUGUAUGAUGAAACGAGAAAAUAUACCUUUCGUGAUUAUGAUUCUCAGGGAUUGGGGAGAUGUUCGUGAAAGUUACUUAUUCUGCUCUGAAGUUUUCAACCAUUUAAUCAAGGCUGACUGGGACAUGAAAGAAUCCUGAUAAUCAAGAGACGUGAAUUAAGACAUUUGAUGUUAUUUUAAAGGACAUCUUCAAGAGGAUCAUGUAAAAACAUUUAUGCCUAUACUUUUUUAGCCCAGAAAGUAAAACCAAAGGACUACAAAAUUGUAUAUUUUUUUUCUACUUUUUUUUUUUAAGAGAAGCAACCAGAACUGCACCAAGCAGUCUGCAAAAUCCAAUUUUUCACAUUUUUAAAACCAUUAAAACUCAUGUUUUGUUUGGAGCACUUAUGUAAGAGAAAUGUUUCAGGACCCCAAAUAAUCAGCAAUGCUCAACAGCUCCUUUAGAAUUGGGUUUUGAAGUAAUAGUUUUACCAUGUUAAUACAUUUCAUACAGUCUUUAUAAAAUUUGUUUCUUCUGGAAUCCAACUUUAAAGGGAAGUAGACCUGAAUUCACAUGAGCACUUUAAUUGCAUAAGCUUUGCACAAGAUAUUCUGUGGAUAUUGAUUUGAUUCCUGCCACAAGGCCAGAUAUUAUGCUAAAUGGUCUAUCACACAUGCUCGCUCACACUUGUUUCAUGAAGCUUAGUCUCUGAUGUGAAAUUUUAAUUACUAAUGAAUAGAAAAAAUAGCUGUAGGUAAAUGUACUCCAGUUGCGUUUUGUAUAGAACAGUGGUCAAUGUUCCUACACGAGGCUGAGAAGUUUGUGAAUAACAGCAAGUAUAAUUAAUAUAAAAGUCACCUCAAACUGCACUCAAGAAUUUCUUAAGAUUUCAUUUAUAGCAAAUUAUAAUUAUUUGAAAAAGAAACCUUGAACAGAUGUUGGACCUUUUUUAAU